AGAGGCUUACAUAGUUUCCUGUGUUAGGACAGGAUGUGGUAGACUACAUGUUGAACUGUAGAUGCAAAUGGCACAUGUACAGGAUGGAGGUCACAUCACUUGUCUUCAUGCUCUCCACACUCAGCAUCACCCCCAACAGACUGCAGUUCUUCCAGUAUGACAGAAUUGAACUCAAGUGUGUGGCAAAUUCUACUGGCUGGACAGUGAAGAGAAACACUGGCUCAAAGAUUGAGGAAUGCACGUUUGGCUGGGGAACACCGAGUGAGUCGUCCUGCAUCAUUGAGGAUGCCUACCCUAAAGAUACUGGAGUGUACUGGUGUGAAUCUAAAAAGGAGUCCAGCAAAAACAUAACAAUCACAGUGAUUGCUCAUGGUGUGAUCUUGGACAGCCCCAUAGAUCCAGUGAUGGAGGGCAACCAAGUGACAAUUCGCUGCUCCUACAAGGGAGAAGAUGAGGACAUUUCAAAGUCAGAUUUUUUAGCUGCAUUCUACAAAGAUGGUGUUUUCAUAGGGACAGGUGAUGCAGGGACGAUGACCUUUUCAGCUCUGUCAAAAUCUGACGAAGGCUUCUAUAAGUGUAAACACCCAUCAAAAGGAGAGUCGAGGCAGAGCUUCCUCGCAGUAAGAGUGGAAUUCAAGAAAGUCAAUCCUACCACCCUGCCUCCUCCUCCUCCUAUCAUACCCUGGGCCAGAGUGAUUUCUAGUGUCCUUCUCUUCAUCCUCUACAACUGUGUUCUUGUACUGUGUAUCUACAUCUACUGGAAGUGGGCUCGAGGCAGAACGAAAAGUAACGCUUCUGUUCGUGAGUUGCAGCCAUGAUGAACCCUGCUGGAAAUACCAAAGAAAAGAUGAACUGCAACAUUUUUCAUACAGAACCUGGUCAUGUGCUAGCUUUUAUAUUCACACCAGGAGCAUUGCAAUGAAGUAUCUCAACAUUUAUCCUUCUUAAAAAGUUGAUUCUGUUCAUCUGGACGUAGCGUUUUCAGUGGCAAAACAUUUCGUCAUCCGAGUGACUUCUUCACUCUCAGCUGACUGCAGGUUUCCCCAAUCUUAUAAACAGUACAUUUGACAAUAACUGAAACUAGCACCACUGAAUACAGGGAAAAUACAGGGAAGAGAAGGAAGGAGACAGACAACAUGAGGAAGACACAGAAUGAGGGUGAGAGAGUCAGAGAUAAAGAGCCACGACUGGGGAAAUAGAAAUGCAAAUAAACAUUGACACAAGACUGACUAGGGAAUGCAGGAAGAGAUACAAGAAAAAGACUAAGAUAGGCUGCAUAAAGAAGGAACUGACUAAACUAAAACAAGGAACUAAGAACUAGAAACUAGAAACAAAAAUUGAGACUGAAGAAGUCACUUGGAUGGGUGGCAAAACGUCCAGAAGAACAGAAUCAACAUUUUGGGAUUUGCUUACCUGGAUGAAUAAAUGCAUCAAGACAACAUUUAUUGUUUUU